AUGGGUCGCAUAUCCCAUCAUUACACGUCUUGCCUGUUCCAGAUUAUCAUCGUAGGCUUGGUUGCCUUCUGUGAACCGGGAAUCUGGACAGCCUUAAACAAUCUCGGAGCAGGAGGAAAUGCCAGUCCCUUUUUAAACAACGCUGCCAAUGCCUUGACAUACGGACUCAUGUCAGUGGGCUGCUUUCUUGCUGGUGGUGUGACCAACAAGAUUACCGCCAAAUGGACAUUAUUUAUUGGGGCUGCGUUUUACACCCCUUAUGCAGCCGGUUUGUAUUGCAACAAUCGUUACGGAAACCAGUGGUUUCUCCUGCUUGGAGCUGCUCUCUGCGGUAUCGGGGCAUCUCUGCUCUGGGCGAGCGAGGCCGCUAUUGCGGUCGGAUAUCCGGAAGAGGAGAAGAGAGGAAGAUAUGUCGGAAUCUGGAUGGGGAUUCGGCAGAUGGGUCCCUUGGUUGGUGGUGCCAUCUCCCUUGCCAUCAAUGUCAAUACUGCGCAUACUGGCAAGGUCAGCUACAAUACUUACCUUGGACUUGUCGCUAUUUCCUCUCUUGGGGCUCCAUUUGCUCUACUUCUAUCCCAGCCACAAGAUGUCAUCCGGAGUAACGGCACCAAAAUCCCUUACAUGAAGAAGACGAGCUUAGCCAUCGAAGCCCGUGCUAUUUGGAAGCAACUCAAGAACAAAUAUAUCCUGCUACUCAUUCCGGUAUUCCUGGCUGGUCAGUUUGGCACAACUUACCAAGGGAACUACUUGACAACAUACUUCACCGUUCGUUCCAGAGCACUCGCUUCGUUCCUCACAGCUGUUGUUGGCGCAUUGGCCAAUAUAACCACGGGUCUUGUUCUUGAUCUCAAUUACAUCUCAAGAGGGGCACGAUCCAAAGCUGUUUAUCUCAUUGUCUUGGUCUUCGUCACAGCAGCUUGGGUAUGGAACGCUAUCACCGAAACGAAGCUUUCCCGUAUGGCUGAACCACCCGCCUUCGACUUGGGCGAUGGUCCAUUCUUCAACUCCGCUUUCACCGUCUACAUGUUUUUCAAAUUCUUCUACGAGGUCCUACAGACGUACAUCUAUUGGCUUAUGGCCGAGGUGAAAGGCGCACAGGGCGACGGAGAUAUUGCGCGAACGACGGGGAUUCUGCGAUCGUGGGAAUCGAUCGGCAGCACUAUUGCGUACGCAGUUGGCGCAACACACUGGUCAAACUUGAACCAAAUGAUCCUCGGAUUUUCUUUAUGGGGUCUCACCAUUCCAUUUACUCUCCUAGCGGUGUUUGGAAACUGGAAUGUAGGUGGGGAAGUUGAUGUGGGGGGUGUGGAGGGCGCAGAGGAUGUGGAGGGACGAGCAGACACUAGCAGUGUUGAGACGGAGAGGGUUUUCGUCAGUCAUGAUAGUAAAUUAUAG